GUUCAGCCCCUAUGUAGUGCACUUGAAAAGGAAUCAGGAAGUCGUUUAGGAUACGACUUAUACGGAUAAUUUUUCCGGGCGUUCCUGGAUCAUUCACUCAAUCCAUCGCUAUAUUCACUGUAUAUUAUUCGUGUGCUUUGAUCACAGUCGGUAUUGUGUAAAGAAAUGGCAAUUACUACUGAUCACAUUCGGGACAAACUGAUAGCAGAGAUUGGUGCAAUACACGUGGAAGUGGAGGACACAUCUGCCAACAGAUGUGCUACAAGUUUUAAGGUGAUUGUAGUGUCGCCACAGUUUGAAGGAAAGCCACUGUUACAAAGACACAGAAUGGUGAACACUUGCCUUGCUACUGAGUUAAAGGAGAUCCAUGCCUUUGAGCAAAAGACCUUAACACCAGAGCAAUGGGAAAAGCAGAAACAGCAAUGAUGUAGACACAUACAGUGUUUUUGUCUGUUUCCCACACUAAUAUUAGUUAGACUUUGUUUUUUCAAUUAAACACUGAAAAGAAUUCAUCACUGCAGCAUACACUCUCUCUUUCAUAACUGUGAGCCUCAAUGAAAUGUUUUACUGACAAUAAAUAAACGUUUCAUAUCAUUUGUUUCCUGGAA